AUGUCAGCCGCGGCGCAACGCGGGACAUUGGCGCCUCUCCCAGAACACCACCGGCUGGGCUUGAUCGUCUUGACAGCUUUCUCGCUUUUAUCAUUUGUAUCGACUACUGCCUUGUGGCUUUUCAUAUCGUACAAGCUCCUUUCAGAACGUUUAGAAGAGAGAAGGCGGAAGAGGCGAAGGGCCCGUCGACCUGCCGCCCCGCAGUUCCCCGACCUAUCCCUCGGGCUCGAUGCCCCAUGCUCCGGGGCCACCGGCUUUGAGCGUAUUUUGGAGCUGGACCGAUUAGCUGCGGAAGCCCAAGGGAGACCGCCCGACACCAAUUCUCAAGAAGCCGAUGAAGAUGCCGAGCCACAAGUGCGCAACCCGUUUCCGAUUCUUGUUUACAAUCUUUUGCUUGCGGAUAUAAUGGAAGCCCUUGCAUAUGGGCUGAGUUCCUACUGGGUAGCUGUCGAUGGCAUAUUUGCACCAUCAGGGGUGUGUUGGGCGCAGGGUUGGCUGGGGUCGACGAGCAACUUAGCGGCCAGUCUCUUUCUCGCAGUAAUUGCGGUGAACACUUUCUUGACUGUGGGCUUGGGUAUCAAGCCACCACCAUGGGCAGUUUACACGGCGAUUGCUGGACUGUGGAUUUUCGACUUCAGCAUCAAUGGAGCAGGAGUCCGGGUGGCUGAAGCGGACCCAGAGGUUCCUGGCGAAUCUUUUUUCAUGAGAGCCAAUGUGUGGUGCUGGAUCUCGAAUGCAUACGACCCAUGGCGACUCUGGGGUCAUUACUUCUGGGUCAUAGUCUCCAUCGGCAUAACCAUUAUCCUCUACUCAUUUGUUUUUUACACACUCUGGCGACAGAAGCGAAGCUGUCGUCAUCUACCAGAGAAACGUACAUCUACACACAGCGACGUACCGCCCUUGAGGGGGUAUCACCCAGCAUUUCUAGCUUAUCCCUUCGUCUACAUAGCCUGCAGUGUCCCGUUAGUGGUAGGACGCAUUACGUCCCUGCAGGGCAUCGAUCUUGGGGUCCCCUACUUCGCCUUUGCGGGGUGCGUUUUGGCUCUGAAUGGGCUGUUCAACUCGAUCUUGUGGACGACUACGAUUCUAUGCAGUGCGCCCAAAGAUGCCCACGACACAGGCCUCGACCGAUUCGCUUUUAUGAGAACGCCAAUACGAGAGUUCGGAAAUACCGUCAUAAUCAGCGGCCCUGCUAGUAGGAGAGUUCCGCUUUGGGAGAUCACCCCUGGCAGUAGCCAUAAGCGUUGGUGGUGGUGGCAGCACGGUGGCCAAAGAGGCUGGGGAAGAACAAGGUCUUACGCGAGUAUGCAUGACACGCCUAGUUUGCGAUCAGUUGAAGUCCCUGCUUAUGAGAUGCAGAGUCCAGCGGAGGGUCCACAGAUACAGAUGGACGUCGUGACAGCAGUCAGCAGUGAGAGAGCAGAAUCGGAAGGAAAGUAG